CCCCAAUUAUGCAGACCUACCCUUUCUCAGUAAUUCAUAGUGUAUCACAGCAGCAAAUGACAAUGGUUGAGAUGUAAGACUUCGGGGGGCCGAGACCACCGAAUUUCGGGAGGGGAUGUCGCACCCGUCCAAUUAUGGCCCAGCAAAAACAGUAAGACGACCUUACUGUACUGACUAGACCCUGCACCCCUCUGUUUAGCCGUGCCUGGAUGGUCCCUCAAUAUCCAAAUUGACCUCAUCUCUUCAAUUGAACGUCUCCAACUCCAUCUCACCACUCUCCUGCGAUCGCAACCUCUACCACUAAAACUCAUACAGCUCACUAGCCACCUUCCAACAUGCGCGCCUCCGCCGUCAUCGCCCUCGCGGCACUCAUCAGCGUCACCGCCGCAGCAGGCGGUGUUCCGGACUGUGCUAAACCUUGCGUCACCCAGUUCACAUCCGGCUCCAGCAUCGCCGGCUGCAACAACCUCAACACGAACUGCAUCUGCAGCAACAAAGACUUCCUCAGCAACAUCGCCUGCUGCCUCAUCGACAAAUGCGACGAGGCCGGCCGCAACGCCGCCAUCGCCUACGCGAAGUCCAUCUGCGCCACCGCUGACCCGCCAGUCGAGGUUCCGUCCGAGGUCGUCUGCAACUCCUCCUCCUCCUCCAGCAAGGGGACGGCGGCAACGACGGGCGCCUCUACCACCGGCGGCUCUACGACUGGGGGAACUACGCAAGCUCCUACUACGGGGACUACCUCAACACCAACAUCGGCGGCCCAGACUUCAAGCAGCUCAGGCGCCGCGAUGGUGAAUAUGGGGAGCAGCGGGAUGGGAUUGGCUGGUGGCUUUGCGGCGGCUUUGGUGCUCCUGUAAACAGUGCUUCUGUAAAUAUGGAGGGGUGGUAAUGCGGUGCACGCGGUGCACGCGGUCAAGUUCCUGUAGGACACCGUGUGACGUUCGGAUGCGGGGUAUUAGCGAUUGUUUUGUGGUGGCUGCGAUGUGAAGUUGUUUGUCUUCGUGGUUUACUAUGUGGGAUAUUUAAUAAUAGUCCAUGUGUGGUUAAUAUUCAAGUCGAUAGCUUAAGCCGUCUUUAGUAUUUAUUCCAAUGGCAUGUUUCAUCACCUGCGC